AUGCCGUCGAUAUUUAUCUUCGAAAACAAUAUCUACUACUGCGCGCACGUCGGGAAGCAGGCCAUCCGUGUGGUCUCGACUGGGAAGGAGGGCGUGAUCUACAACGGCCUCAGCGACUGGCUGUAUGAAGAGGAGAUUUUGAAGACUCACAUCGCCCACUGGUGGUCUCCGGAUGGCACGAGGCUCGCCUACGCCACCAUCAACGACUCCCGUGUGCCCAUCAUGGAGCUCCCAACCUACACUGGCUCCAUCUACCCCACGGUGAAGCCCUACCACUACCCCAAGGCUGGAUGUGAAAACCCCAGCAUUUCCCUGCACGUCAUUGGCUUAAAUGGACCCACCCACGAUCUAGAGAUGAUGCCACCCGAUGAUCCACGGAUGAGAAUCCAGGCUGGGAGAUUGGGCAAGAAUGAAGAACCGGUGUUCUCCAAGGAUGGCCGAAAGUUCUUCUUUGUCCGAGCCAUCCCACAGGGGGGACAAGGAAAAUUCUAUCACAUCACCGUGUCGUCAUCCCAGCCUAACAGCAGUAAUGACAACAUACAGUCCAUCACCUCCGGGGACUGGGACGUGACCAAGAUCCUGGCCUACGACGAGAAGCGGAAUAAGAUCUACUUCCUGAGCACAGAAGACCUGCCGAGGAGGAGACAGCUCUACAGCGCCAGCACGGUGGGCACCUUCAACAGGCAGUGCCUGUCCUGUGACCUGCUGGAGAACUGCACGUACUUCAGCGCGUCCUUCAGCCACAGCGCCGACUUCUUCCUGCUCAAGUGUGAAGAAAUGUUUGAUCUAGAAACAAACGAGCAUGUACAGAAGGCCGUACAUGACCGACAGAUGCCUAAAGUAGAAUACAGGAAGAUCGAGGUUGACGAUUACAACUUGCCCGUUCAGAUCCUCAAGCCAGCAACCUUCACCGACACGGCCCACUACCCCUUGCUCCUGGUGGUGGACGGCACCCCAGGGAGCCAGAGCGUGGCCGAGAAGUUCGAGGUGACCUGGGAGACGGUGCUGGUGAGCAGCCACGGAGCCGUGGUGGUGAAGUGCGACGGCCGCGGCAGUGGCUUCCAAGGCACCAAGCUGCUGCACGAAGUGGGGCGGAGGCUGGGCUCCCUGGAGGAGAAGGACCAGAUGGAGGCUGUGCGGAUGAUGCUGAAGGAGCAAUACAUUGACCAGGCACGUGUGGCCGUGUUUGGGAAGGAUUAUGGCGGGUACCUGAGCACUUACAUCCUCCCGGCAAAGGGGGAAAAUCAGGCUCAGGUUUUCACCUGUGGCUCUGCUCUCUCUCCAAUCACGGACUUCAAGCUCUACGCGUCUGCGUUUUCUGAGAGGUACUUGGGCCUCCACGGACUUGACAACAGAGCAUAUGAGAUGACCAAGGUGGCACACCGCGUGUCGGCGCUGGAAGAACAGCAGUUUCUGAUCAUUCACGCAACCGCGGACGAAAAAAUCCAUUUCCAGCACACGGCAGAACUCAUUACACAACUAAUUAAGGGGAAGGCUAAUUACAGUUUACAGAUCUACCCAGACGAAGGCCAUUACUUUCACAGCGCUUCCCUCCACCAGCACCUGUUCCGAUCCAUCAUCAGCUUCUUCGUGGAAUGCUUCCGCAUUCAGGACAAGCUGCCCACGGCCACAGCGAGAGAGGAGGAGGAGGAGGACUGAGCCGGAGCCAGCCCUGAGCGCCCCGGCGGAGGAGGGGGGCCCUCCUAGAACAGUGUGCAGCUGGGACCCUCCUCCCUCCCCCGCAGAGGCGGGGGCGGGGGCGAGAAGCGUGACUUCCCAUAGCAUGUGUGUCUUGCGUCCCGAAGGCGGGUUCGCUUCGGAAGCCGGCUCCUUCCCAGGCCGAGACGCGUCAUCGCUCACCAGGGCUCCCAGGCACCUGGAGCCGCCGCGGCCUCGCCUCCUCCCGGCCCCUCCCCGAGGAACAGAGCAGAGGCUGCCGUGAAGAGCCCGGCCCUCGUACCCACGCCACGCGCAGCAGCGCUCAGGCGCACCCUCGCCAGUCCGUCCGUCCGUCCGUCCGUCCGCCAUGACCGCGCCGUGGAGACCACUAUAGCACAAUUGUUUUAACAGGACUCGUCCGUAGAUUGGCUUGCUCCUCUCUGUAACUAGGAGAUUCGGCAUUUUAGGGGCUGUACAGAGUAUUACUGUAGCUAAUGCUAAUGGUUAACCUUAUGGAAUUAAUUCGUAUUUUUCUAUGGUUUUUACCUGACACUGUCUCCGGUCAUGGGGUGGUUUUGCUGUGCUUGCUUGCUUUCUUGCUUUCUUGCUUUCUCUCUCCUUUCUUUCUUUCUUUCUUUCUUUUUUUUGGCUUUGUUUUGCUUUGUGUUCGGUCAAUGUGUAGGCUUUGCACUCGUUUGAUAAAGAAACAGAUCAGAAAUAACUAACUGCUCUCUCCUCAAGAUUGUCGUGAGACUUCGUGGAGAAAUUUCAAAAAACUGGGGGGGAGAAGACAUCCAAUACCAUUCACUAAAAAAAAGUCAUCAAUAAAACUUCUUUCCCCCAAAGCUGCAUUAGGAUUUGGCUUAGAUUCACACGAUCUCCGUUUGUCUUGAAGCCCAUCCUUUUCCCCCUUGAUAAGUUGUUGAGGCUUUUCAGAUGGCAUUUGGUUAAAAAAAAAGCAAGAAAAGACAAAGGGUCGACUCCGCCCCCGAGUCUGUCGCGUGUGCAGGGGACAGGCGUCCUGCGGGGACGCGUGGGUGUGUGCGGCCGCCUCCCGCCCUGGGGACGGCUCAGUGCCCUCAGCACCGCGUGCAGGCAGCCUGUCAACGUGAAGGAGGUCCCCUGACCGGAUGUGCAGCUGGCGCCCCGGUGUAUAUUCCGUUUUGUUGUGCAUAGGGACCGGAUCGGCGCUGCCCCCGUCGGCUCUCACCGUGUCGCCUGCAUGCCGACACUCGGUGGCUGACCUGCACUCCCCACAAGUGCGAGGGAGAAACCCAUCCGUCACUGCUGUUUCCUUUGGAGCUUGUCGACAACCUGAAUAUCAGUACUGACGUCUCCAGCUUCCGGUCCUGCCGGGGGGUCCUCGACGUCCCGUCAGCAGAGAAGAUUUGUCCAUGUAGCUUUUUGGCAUUUGGGGGUUUGGGUUGCAUCCACGUGAGUUCUGGAUGUCAGUUGCGGUUGGCGCAGUUGGAAGGUCUCCAUCACGGAUUUGUUCAGGCGAGACGUCACUGCGUGUGAAAAGGACCAGCACGUGAGCGGCAGGACCCACUCUGAAUGCCACGUGACCGUGUUUUCGCUUUGUCCGUGGGCUUGACCCACUGCAAAGCCAGCGAGGCCUGACAGGGGAAGCCAGCUUUGGCCGCGAGAUCUGGCAGGGGGAACGUGAGAAUGUGGCAUGGUAGUGUUUGUUCAUCCACGGAAUAAAACAUUAUUUUACCA